AUGGCACUCGACGGUAGUACAAAUCUAAGUCACACUGGAAAGUUAUAUCAGGGAAAAGGGAUCAAAUUAUCUAUAAAAGUUGAGCCGCUGGAAACCUUAAUUGAGUUGAGCCGUCAUAUCAAAGGGAAGAUUAUGCAAGAUUUUAAAAGGAAAUAUGGAAAUAUCUUGGAUCUUCUGUCGGUCACAAUACAUAAUGAUGCAAUAAUGGAAUUAAGCCAAUAUUGGGAUGCCUCGUUAAGAUGUUUCACAUUUCAAGACUUCCAAAUGGCACCGACUUUGGAAGAAUAUGGAGAAAUUUUGAGAAUGCCCCUUAAGGAGAACAUGGCAGUAUAUCUUUAUCCUGGGUAUUUACCAUCUCGAGGUACGAUAGCGAAAAUUUUGGAAAUUCCUAAGGAAGAGGUACGAAUGGUUUGCCCAGGACAAACAGAGGGAAUCUCAAGAGCUGAUGUAGAAGCCCACUUGAAAGUUUUGGCAGGAAAAGAGGCUUGGGUUACAUUUUGCAGAGUCUUUACCUUAUGCAUAUAUGGAAUAAUCCUGUUUCCAUCAUCAAUUGGCAUAAUUGACUUAGGAGCCAUUAGUGUAUUCCAAAUGAUGGAAUACCAUAACGUGAAUCUGGUACCAGCAAUCUUGGCAGAAACGUACUUGACCUUAACUCAAUGUCACAAUAAAGGGGAAGGAAAGGUCAAUUGUUGUAUUGCAUUACUGGAUUUAUGGAUGCUUGGCCACCUUUAUGGAAAGACGCUUCCUUUCAGAAAGAAGAACGACUCAGACAGUAAUCCACUCAUGUCUUUUAAAGGCCAAUUCGUGAUUGACGGAAUGAGCUACAUGGAUUGGAAAAGAACCUUCUCAGAACUUAAAGAAAGUUCCAUUUUAUGGAAACUAGACUGGUGGUGGAAAGAGGAGGUUAUUUACCAUUGUGGUGACUUUUCGAAUGUGCCUUUAAUGGGACCCAGAGGGUGUAUCAACUAUAACCCUUCCUUAGCGUUAAGGCAACUGGCCUAUAAGCAAAAUGUUCCUUCUAAGAAAGAGGUGCAGGAGUUAUACUUUCUACAUAAGGAGGAUGGGACAAAGUUAUCAAACCAGAAUGUCAAAGAAGCAUGGCAAGAGAUAGGUUACAAAGGGAAGAUUGAGCUAGGGAUACGUGUAGUAAACUCAAGUCCAGAAUACACUACUUGGCUGAAGAGUAUGAUUCAAGGAGCAAAUCCUUUAUUUCAUCCUCAAAAUCCCUUGUUAGGCAAUGACUUGAAAGAGAUUAAUGGGCAAUUGGUUGAAUGCUUGAAGAUGAAGGAAAAUGAGUUACAAGCGCUUGCUAGCUCAGAGUUAAGAAUAAAGAAGAAUUGGAAAAAUACCAAAACGAAUGCGUUGAGUUACGGAGGAAGCUAG